AUGGGCCCAGAAGAAGAACAGGCAGAGAUCCAAUCAUCGCAGGAGCUGUUCGCGCAGCUUGGUGAAGGGGAGAAAGCGUGGAGAGAUCGUCAGCCAUUCCUUCAAUCUCGUGGGUAUAUGCUACGACCGAGGUACCGUCCCGGAUGGGUGCCUUCAUGGAAGGGAACGAAUCGGCAUCCAAUAGACUUUGAGGACCAUAUUCGACUUCCGAUUCGGAGACACCUAAUAGAUGCGACUAGGAUCGAGGGCGGACAAAUUGUGUACAUCAAGCGAGUCAAGACAAAUGAUGCAGAAUCCACAAUUGCUACUCUGCUUCGUGCUCCACCUCUUCGCGACAACCCCGCGAACCAUUGCGUUCCAAUAUUGGACCUAUUCGAGGACGAUGUCGACUCCAGCAUUUCGUAUAUGGUGAUGCCAUUCCUGCGCCUCAUAGACUCCCCUGAAUUUGAGACCGUGGAUAACCUUAUAGAUUGUGCCGACCAGCUUCUGGAGAUCUCCAACGACCCUGAUACGGACUGCACAUACAGAAACAUCUUGAUGGAGGCCACAGCGCUGUUCCCCAAGAGCUUCCAUCCGGUGUACGACGAGCUGCUCCCAGAUGGGUACACGCCAGCACCUAUCCUAUCCCGCAUAUGUGUGCCGGUCAAGUAUUACUACGUUGACUUUGGGAUAUCCGUGUUUAUCCCACCAGACGUACAUCCCAAGCUAGCCAUCGGGCCGCACGGUAGGGAUAAAGAAGUUCCCGAGUUAUCGGAGACCGUCCCAUACGAUCCAUUCAAAGUCGACAUCUUCAUCCUCGGCAAUUUCUUCCGUCGCUAUUUCUACGACAAAUUCUCCAACGUCGACUUCUUCCUACCUCUGAUCCGGUCGAUGACGCAGGAAGUGCCCACGUCGAGGCCGACUGCGGCAGAAGCACUGGCGCAAUGGAAGACCAUACGGUGCCGUGUGUCUGCUGUGCACAGGGCAUGGAAACCACGGGCGCGUGAGGAUCCCUGGUUUGCCAGGGUCGGAUACGAUGUAUAUGCGUUGUUCAGGACGGUGUAUUAUGGUGGGAGAUACAUUGUCGAACGAUCUUCUGAGCUGCAGGGCUGA